CCGGGUUUCUAAUCUCAGCGACUACGUGUUCCUAUUUUUUUGAAUCGAGAGUGAGACAUAAACCCUAACCCUAAUUGAAGCUCGUCGUAAGAGAAAAACCUAAGUUUUCCUUUGUUUCCGAGGAGGGGAGAGGAAGUAAGACAGACUCCUAUUUCGGAGAAGGAGAUUAAGAAAGGGAGAUGGGCAAGAAGAAGAAGAGGCCUUCGAAAGUUUGGUGUUACUAUUGCGAUCGGGAAUUCGACGAUGAGAAGAUCCUUGUUCAGCAUCAGAAAGCUAGGCAUUUUAAAUGCCAUGUCUGUCAUAAGAAGCUUUCCACUGCGGGAGGAAUGGCCAUACAUGUUCUUCAGGUUCACAAGGAGAACGUCACCAAGGUUCCUAAUGCUAAACCUGAAAGAGAAUCAACGGAAAUUGAGAUUUUCGGAAUGCAAGGGAUCCCACCUGAUAUUUUAACGGCACACUAUGGAGAGCAAGAUGAAGAUGCCCCAUCAAAGAUGAUCAAACUGGAGAUUCCAACCCCAAAGCUUGGCAGUAUGGUCCCAGGAGCAGUAGGUGUUGGGUUUCCUCCACAGUCCACUCUAGGUGCAAUGCAACCAAUAUACAAUUCUGCAUUAGCAGUGCCUCCUUCAGGUUGGCCGGUUCCUCCUCGCCCGCAACCUUGGUUUCCACAGCAUCCAGCACUUUCAAUACCUCCUGUUGCACCUGUGGGAUUGGCACAGCAGCCUUUAUUUCCUAUACAGACUGGGCAGCUUCCUCUUUCGUCCACCACAUCUCCACAUCAACCACCAUUUCCAAUCACUCCACCUGGAUUACCCUCAUCCACCCUGCUUGUUCCUGCUGUAUCUCAACCUUUAUUUCCAAUUAGUGUGAGUGCUACUGCCCCAACUCAUAGCUCACCGUUUUCAGCCCCUGUUCUUUCAACGACAACUCCCCCAAGUGCUUCAGCAGAGCUUAAAAGCUUGCUUGACACAUAUUCAAGUGUGAACACUUCUACAGAAAAUAUCUAUCAUGUACCAACUCUUCAAGGUGGUUCAUUUGUCAAUUCACAUACAUACGCUUCAGGUCCAAAUACUGGUGGUCCUUCAAUAGGGCCGCCUCCUGUGAUAGCUAAUAAAGCUCCAGCAGGCCAACCAGGAGCUAAUGAGGUUUAUUUAGUUUGGGAUGAUGAGGCCAUGUCCAUGGAGGAAAGAAGAAUGUCCUUACCAAAGUAUCAGGUGCAUGAUGAGACUAGCCAGAUGAACUCGAUUGAUGCUGCCAUUGACAGAAGGAUAUCUGAAAGCAGGCUUGCUGGUCGAAUGGCCUUUUAGUUGCACCAUGCCCUGUGGUGGAUGAGCUAUAUAGAACUUCUCCAGAGGGCAAGCAUUCUCCUAGAACCAUAGACCAGAAUCCCAAGAGUAAAUCCAGUCUUAUUUUGUGUUCUUUUGGGACGACACCACUGGUCACCAAAACUAACUCUCUUGUAUUCUUUCAAACGAAGAAGAGUAUAGAUAGCCAUUUUUUUUUCAAAAUGUGGGGGUGUCAACUCUGAGAGAUGUAAUAACGUUUGAUAAGUGUUAUUGUUCAUUGCUUGGCUUUCAUUUUUAA